AUGUCAGUUCGUUUGCCUUUAACAACUCAUCGUAGAACUAGCAUAUCAGCGGUUUCACAGGCAGUUUAUUUAGGUUUAGAAAUAGAGUUUGGCGAUAAUGACAAAGUUGAAUACGCUAUUUGUACUCACGAUGGUUGUUAUGCCAUUGAUUUUGAAAUAUCCACUGUCGACAUAUCCAAUAUCCCUAAAAUUGAGGAUCGCGUUGAGAAGGUUAUACAGGUGGUCCUCGAAAAUAUUUCGUUAUAUUCCAGAGCGCAAAAUUACAAAAUACACGCAAUUGGUCUUGGUGCGCAUUUAAAAAAUGGACAAGAUAUGAAAAGUCUUUUAUUUACUUCGCCAAGUCUUUCUUCUAGACUUUGGUUAGAGCUCGAUGCUUUGCCUUUUGUUAUUAAAACAAAGGGUAAAACUGUCGAUGAACGAGCUAGCUCAGCUGUGAGGAAAACUGUUGUAUGGAUUAGUCCACAAAUUCCUGGAUCGAUCCCAAGAAUAGAUGUUGGAUUCAGACAUGAAGUUGAAGUUGAUCUAAAUGGAAUGAUUAAGUUGGUUGAUUUAACGCAUUACGAAAAAACUGUUCAUCCGGCAACUUGGAAAGUGAUCAGUAGUAUUGGUAAUGAAAUUAAAAAUAGAAAUAUAAGGGCAUCAUUCUUCAAUGCAACACCUCAGGGAGGUGGAGUUGCUCUUAUGCGUCAUGCGCUUAUUCGUUUAUGUAAACUUAUGGAGAUUGAUAUCCAUUGGUUUGUUGCUAAACCAAAACCUGAAGUGUUUGAUAUAACAAAAAGAAAGUUUCAUAAUGUAUUACAGGGUGUAGCACCUCCAGAUGUUUGCUUAACCGAAAAUGAUAAACGAGUAUUUAUUAAUUGGUCCAAUGAUAAUGUCGAACGUUUCUGGAAAGAUGAUGAGGGUCCAAUUAAGAAUAGUGAUGUGAUAAUAAUUGAUGAUCCACAAGUUUGUGGUAUUAUUCCUCAAAUCAAAAAACUCAAUCCAACAUGCAAGAUUAUAUACAGAAGUCAUAUUGAAAUAUGUGCCGAUUUGAUCCGGCAGAAUCCGACCGGACCACAAGCUGUAACAUGGAAUUUCCUUUGGAGCUUUAUUUCCCAAGCAGAUCUGUUUGUAUCUCAUCCUAUGCAUAAUUUCGUUCCAGAUAAUGUUCCUAUGGAAAAAGUGGUUCUUCUUCCUGCUUGUACAGAUCCAUUAGAUGGUUUAAACAAAGAAUUGAGCCUGUCCGAUUUAUCUUAUUAUAAAUUGGUUUAUAAUAGAUUAUCAAUAGAUCAAUGUGGUGUUGAAAUUGAUUUUCAUCGACCAUAUAUUGUUCAAGUGGCUAGAUUUGAUCCUAGCAAAGGUAUUGAUUUGCUGAUCCAUUCCUUUAAGCUUCUCCACGAUAAGCUUAAAGAAGCUGGUUGGGCUCAAGAAAAAAUUCCUUCAUUAAUAAUUUGUGGAGCUGGAAGUAUUGAUGAUCCAGAUGGAACUCCAAUUUAUGAAAAGACUCACGAGUUAUUGGCACGGCCCGAGUAUGCUGAUAUCGUAAACGUUGUUUCAGUUGUACGUCUUCCUCCUUGUGAUCAAAUAUUCAACACUAUUUUAAGAUGUGCUCAUGUAGCAUUACAAUUAAGCACGAGAGAGGGGUUUGAAAUUAAAGUUACAGAAGCCUUAGCAAAGGGUGUUCCUGUUAUAGCAUUCAAAGCAGGAGGAAUACCGCUUCAGAUUAAACAUGGGGAAACGGGCUUCUUGGCAGAUAUUGGUGAUACUGAACAAGUAGCAGAUUAUUUGUUUACUUUGUUUAAUGACCAAGAACUUUAUCAGAGAAUGUCAAAGAAAGCAGUAGAGACUUUAAACGAACAGUACUUUACUGUAUUCCAAACUCUUAAUUGGUUAUAUUUAAUUAACCGAUUCGCUAAAGAAAGACGUAAAGAGAUGGGUGAAGAUAUUGAAAUCGAUGAACAAGUACUUUGUGGAAACAAAAAAUGGGUUAAAGAGCUUUGGGCAGAACAAUAUAAUUAUAAAGAGGUGAUGAAUCAACAAGCGAAUGAUCCAGAAAUUGAAAAAAAGGUAAUUAAUUGA